GCUCCGAGCAUCUCUGCUUCCCUGCCCCCCUCUGCAGCCCGGCCCUGCGCUGAGCAGGAGCUGCACACGUACAUCUGUUUGCUUGAGCUGUGAGGCCGUGGCCUCUUGCUGCUGGCGACAGAUGCUUUUGAUGCUUAGGUUUCUAACGCAGUACUGGAGAUGCUUUCCUAGGUGCAUAUAAAGUGCCAGCUGGAAGGGCUGGCCCUGCUCCUCCUGUAGGCACAUUCUCCUGUUGCUCCCCUUGUGCUUGCCCAGUGCCUUUCUGGUCUCUGCACGGAGUUCCAUCUGGGUGGGAUGCAGUCUGCUCAUCCCUGGAGCCCCCAGGUUCUCAAAGAGCCCCAUCCUCCAGCCCUGCUGUCCCACUGUGCAGGAGCAGAGCAGCUGCCUGGAAAACCUGCUCGUGGGAGCUGAGGGUUUGGCUGCUUCAUCCUGAGGCCAGAUGACGACGACGAUGAUGAUGAUGCAGAUCCAAACCCAGAGGCAAUGUGACUUGCAAAUCAGGGUGUGGGUGUCAUCUGCAAAUCCCCUGCAGCAGGGCAGGGUGCUGCUGGGACGUGAGAUGGGCCCUGUGUUCAGGUACAGAAGGAGCCUUCCAUCCCCCAGCUCCCAUCAGCUUGCCUUUCCUCCUUCAGUCCCCCACGCUAAUUGCCUGCUCUGUUACAGGUCCUCCUUUCACUCUGUCAUUUUGCACCUAAAUUACUGGCUUUGGAGGAGAGUUCAGAUCGAGAUCAGAUGGCUGUCUCUGAAGUGUUGGAAUUGCAGACCCAGGAGUCGGAUUUUCUGUGCUGAAGGUGCAGGUAUCACAAAAUGCAGACGCUUCAGGAUCAGUGCUGGUUGUCCCUGCAGCUGGGUGUGAGCUCUGCAAUAGGAAGAGACAGAGACAGCAGAAUGUGUGAAGGGCCAUCCAAGAUUUCUGGACCCAUUCCUCCAGACCCUACGCUCUUCCCAAACUAUUACAGACGCCCUUUCUCAGCUCGAGGGAGGCUGGAAGGCAAUGCUCAGCAGUUGGAUUUUACCUCUCGCCCCGUGGACUCAGCUCCCAGCUCACCCCGUGCUUUGAGCGGUGCCCACCAGCCCCAGCCAGCGCCUCGCAUCCGCCCCAGCGGAAGGGACUUUUUGGAGAAGGGGCAGAAGGGGACGCUCGGCCUCCUGCUGCAGCUCGAGGGGCUCUCUCUCGGUGGGGGUCUGCCAGCAAAGAGGAAAGAGUCCAAGGACCACGAGAAGGAAAACGUGAGGCGAAUAAAGGAGAUUCAGAAGAAAUGCAAAGAGAGGGAGCGGGCCCAGGAGCGCAGCCAGCCCAAACCUGUGAAAGCUCUGUGGAAAUCCCAGAAAUACGAAAACGUGGAGUCAAAGGUGAAGGCCAGACUGCAGGAGAGCUCUCCACCUCCAAACCCAGGGGCUGUGAAUUUCCUGCGGGCGUACUCUCGCUGCGGCCCUGGGAUCAGGCCAGGCAGACCUCUGUCCCCAAGUCCUGCCAGCAUGAAGGCAGGAACAGGCACUGAGGCUCCGCAGACGCUGGCUGCUGAAACCAAGUUGCAGGUGGAGGGCAAUAGCAUUGACUUCAUCAAGCACAACGCUCGCAAUGCCAAGCGGGCCCCGCUGCGGCGCUCCCAGUCCCUGCAGGCCCUGGCUGAGCUGCUGGGACAGAAGCAGAGGGAGCAGGAGGAGUACAACGCCAAGCAGAAGGGCCACGUCCCCCAGUACCUGCUGGAGAGGAAGGAUCAGUGGCGCAUGCAGAUGGAGGAGCAGCUGCGAAGCCGGCCGGAUCCUGACACGCCGCCUGGCCACACCAUGAUGCCUGAGGGCCAGAGGCUGGAGAUGCUCGGCAGCCUGAAGCAGAGCCAGGAGCAGCUGAUAAAGGACCUGGUGAUGCUGCCGAUGCGUGCAGACACCCUCAGCAUUCAGAAGAGGCGAGUAGAGCUCGAGAGGAAGCUCUCCCAGAUUGAAGAGGCACUCAAAAUUUUCUCCAGGCCCAAAGUCUUCAUCAAGCUGGACUCCUGAGCCCAUGGGGCUGCAAGCAGCGUGCUGCUCUGCGUGAGCAUCCCAGGGAAGGGAAGGAGAGGAAGACAAUCGAGGACCCUGCACCCGUAGUGGUGUCAGUACUGUGUCCAACACGCAGUUGGCACCUCUUGCUCUUGCUCCCAGGGCACAUCCAGGGAAAUGGGAGGGAGAGGAGCUAAUUGACUCUGCUGUGCAGUGUGGAGAACAGUUGUCCCCGUGCUGGUUGACUUCUCACAGAGAUCAGCUGUCUGCUUGGAAUUGAUGGCACAGAUCUCGUGGCUUCUUAUUUUUCCAUUUCUAGAAACUGGCAGGAGGUCCCCCGUGCUGCUGCUCUGCUGUUGGUUGUCCUCUUUCCCCCAGGGCACUGCAGGCUUCGCUGCACCCAGGGCCUUUGCUCUGGGCUCUGUGCUGACCCAUCCCAAGCACGCAGCCGGUGCCUUUGUCCCCUCCGUCCUGCUGCGUGCGCUCGGUAGCUCAAGGACAGCAAAAAGGCACAGAGCUCCAGUGCUUCCUGCCCAGAGAAGGGCUGGGGUGGAAGCAGGGGAACCUGGUGAGGUGUCUGGAGCUGUUGUUGUCUGUGGAGUGGGAUGCACUUCAAUAAAGUUGUAGUUUUCCUCC